AUGUCCUUUCGAAGACUAAGGGUUCGCCCCGCCAAGAAACUGGCGACUGUGGAUCGUGCCAAAGAAUACGACGAAGGCUUUGAGCUAUUGAGUGACGCGAUCAAGGAAAUCUUUCGAAAGAAUGCAAAGAGUCUCUCGUAUGAAAGCCUGUAUCGUACGACCUACAACCUCACGUUGGCUCAACACGGAGAAAAGCUGUACUAUGGUGUCAAGGACGUGGUGGCCAACUACCUCGACCAUGUGGCAGAAGAAGCUAUUGUGCCUGCGUUUGUGAGUUCAUCCGAUGGUGCAGAUGCCGGUGCCAACUUUUUAAAGACUGUGAAACGGGUGUGGGAUGAUUAUACAACAGCCAUGGACAUGAUUCAAAAAUCCCUACGUUACUUGGAUACCAAACUUCCAAAGUACAAUUUGCCACACGUCUUCGAUAUGGGAUUCGACCUCUUUCGUGACAGAGUCGUUCGUUCCGACAAAUACGCAAUCCAAUCGCAAUUGAUAUCAGCCAUGUUGACUCAAAUUCAUCUCGAACGUAUGGGCGAAGUCAUUGAUCGUACAGCUAUCAAUUCCGCAGUCAUCAUGUUAUCCGAAUUACAUGAUGUUCCCACCAAAGAAUCCGUCUAUGUGGUCGACUUUGAAAGCCGGUACCUGGAAAAGAGCACAUCCUUCUAUCAGAUUGAGAGUCAGAAAUUGGCGUCGUCAUGUGAUGCACCUGAAUUCAUGCGUAGGGUGGAACAACGUUUGGAAGAAGAAUAUGAACGCACCACUCGAUGCUUGAGCUUGUCGACUGAACCCAAAAUCAGGAAUAUUGUCGAGACGCAAUUGAUUGCCAACAAUUUGAAAACGGUCAUGGAGAUGAAGAAUUCGGGUCUCAACCCGAUGUUGGAAGCGGACAAGUAUGGUGACUUGUCAAGGAUGUACAAACUUUUUUCAAGAGUGCCAGCAGGACUGAGCGAGAUGAGGAUGGCCAUCAGCAAAUACAUUAUGCAACUAGGCGCGGAGAUCAACAAAACAAUCAAUGCAGAUCUGGCGGUGAGCAAAGCGGCCAAAUCAUCGGAAAAAGGUGCUGGUGGCGGAACACAAACCGCCAUUCGUUGGGUGGAGCAGGUGCUUGCAUUACAAGAAAAGUUCGACAGGAUAUUGGAAAAGGCAGCCAACAAGGACAAAUCCUUCCAGACAGCUUUCAAUGAGGCGUUUGAGCAAUUCAUCAACGAGAACCCAAAGUCAGCAGAAUUUAUAUCUCUCUUCAUCGAUGAAAAUCUCAAAAAGGGCCUCAAAGGAAAAUCUGAAGAUGAGGUUGAUCAAGUAUUGGACAAGACUAUCACCCUAUUCCGAUUUUUAUGUGACAAGGAUGUCUUUGAACGAUAUUACAAGCAGCAUCUUGCAAAACGGCUCUUGUUCAACCGAAGCGUAUCCGAUGACGCUGAACGUGGCAUGUUGGGAAAGCUCAAGAGAGAAUGUGGCUAUCAAUUUACCAACAAGCUCGAAGGCAUGUUCAACGAUAUGAAAUUGUCAUCCGAAAUGGGGGGAUUAUUCAAGGAUCAUCUUGAGAGCGCAAUGGAGAAACCGAAUAUCGACACCUUUGUCACUGUGCUUACGUCGACCUUUUGGCCCAUGAAUCUAUCUUCAUCUCCCAAAUGUAUCCUGCCACCCGAAGCACUACAAGCUUGCAAAGCAUUUGAGCAAUUUUAUUUCAGCCGACACAGCGGUAGACGAUUGACUUGGCAACCCCAAAUGGGCACUGCUGAUAUACGUGCACAAUUCCAAAAGAGCAAGCAUACUCUCAACGUCUCUACCUAUGCUAUGAUUGUACUUAUUCUCUUUAAUCAAGCGGAUUGCUUGAGUCUCGAGGAAAUCCAAUCCCAAACCCAGAUACCCGAUCAAGACCUCAAACGUACUUUGCAGUCGCUGGCGUGUGCAAAGUUCAAAAUUCUGCUCAAAGAAUCCAAAGGCCGUGAUGUCAACCCUGGAGACAAGUUUAUUUUUAAUGAAGCUUUUACUGCCAAUCUCGCACGUAUCAAGAUUCAAACGGUGGCUAAUCGUGUGGAAUCUGAAGGCGAACGUAAGCAUACUCAAGACAAGGUGGAUGAGGAAAGGAAGCAUCAAAUCGAGGCUGCUAUUGUGCGUAUCAUGAAGGAUCGAAAGACAAUGGAACACAAUCUCUUAAUUGGUGAAGUCACGAAGCAACUGAGCUCCCGAUUCUUACCAAGCCCAUUGAUGAUCAAGAAACGCGUGGAAGCAUUAAUCGAUCGUGAAUACCUAGAGCGGAGCAGUGAGGACAGACGGUCUUAUCGCUAUCUUGCAUAA